CCUUUUGGUUUCCCAGGCACACUCCCAAUAAUAUUAGCAACCGGUGGGUUUUGUUUGGUUCAUUCUCAAAGUUUAGGCCUUUGGGCUGUUCUUCUCUGUUUUCUUUCUUUCUUUCUUUCUCUCUUUCUUUAGAAAAAGGAAGUUGAGAAAGAAGGGAGAAAAGUUGAAAAUAGAAGGUAUUUGGGUUAUGUUGUAUUGUAUUCUCAUAUUUGGCAGGUGAGAAAGAAUAGAUUCUCAAGGGACUUUGUUGUUUUUACGAGGAAUUAAAUAGAUAGAGGGUUUGUUUGGUGGGAAUGAUAGGGAGAUACCAAAAGUAAAGGCUUUUUGUAUUUGUUUAAGGCACAGUACUUAGAGAGAGAGAUAAUUUGAAGGGAUUUAGCUAGUGGAUAUACUCUUGAUUCCUAAUUGGUUAUCUCUAAUUUUUUAUUUUUUUAGAGAUAGAGAAUAUAUGUAUUGUAAUCUUUGAAUUGUUCGUACACACACACAACAUCCACAGAUUAAUAUAUUUUGUCAGUGUACGCCAAAGGGAUCACAGGGAGUAUUUAAGGAGGCAAAAGGAGAACUGGGUUUUCACCACAAGUGAGAACUCAUCGGUAAUAGUAUCUGAGCUUUUUUUGGGGGGAAUGGGAGUGAUUCUAAUGGAUUUCUGGCCAGAGUUUGUUGCAUGCAGCUGGGGUAGAGAAUUUGUCGCCGGAGGGUUUGGAGGCAUUGCCGGUAUAAUCUCCGGUUAUCCCCUCGACACGCUCCGUGUCCGGCAACAGCACUCGAAUGCGGGUUCUGCCUUUCGCAUCCUUCGCAAUGUUAUGGCCGCAGAAGGGCCUGCUGCUCUCUACAGAGGCAUGGGUGCACCCUUGGCUUCUGUCACUUUUCAGAAUGCCAUGGUGUUCCAGAUCUAUGCUGUUCUCUCUCGAGCAUUUGACCCUCCAGUUUCCACCAAAGAUCCUCCUUCCUACAAAGGUGUUGCUCUAGGAGGAUUUUGUACUGGCGCUCUUCAGAGCAUGCUGCUCUCUCCUGUAGAGCUAGUAAAAAUCCGGCUCCAAUUGCAGAAUAAUAGCUAUGCAAAACUCCACCAGGCAGAUUCUUACAAAGGCCCUGUGAGUGUUGCCAAAACCAUAUUCAAAACAGAAGGUUUCAGGGGAAUGUACAGAGGUAUAGCCAUAACUGUGCUGAGGGAUGCACCCUCUCAUGGUGUCUACUUCUGGACAUACGAGUACAUGAGAGAGCAGCUUCACCCAGGCUGCCGAAAGAGCGGCCAAGAAAGCCUGAAAACAAUGUUGGUUGCAGGAGGGCUUGCAGGAGUUGCCAGCUGGGUUUGCUGCUACCCCUUGGAUGUUGUGAAGACCAGACUACAAGCUCAAUCCCUUUCACCUCUACCAAAAUACACAGGCAUUGUUGAUUGCUUCCGCAAGAGUGUAAAAGAGGAGGGAUACAGCGUGCUCUACCGAGGGUUAGGAACUGCGGUUGCAAGGGCUUUUGUGGUGAAUGGAGCUAUAUUUGCUGCUUAUGAGAUAGCUCUGAGGUGCCUAUUUAACAAUGGGAGCAUUCAAACAGAGAAUGCUAUUUAGGAAAUACUCUUUCCUUCCCAGUAAACAUGAUCACCCUCUACAUUUUCCAUUUAUUACCGAAAUCUGUUGGAACAGUUGAAGAAUUUUGUAUGAUAUGCCAUUAUUGUUGCAGCAUUGCUUGAUGCAUUCUCCAGAGAUAUCAACAUUUCAAUCAAAGAAAUGUAAUCUGGAAGAAAUGGAUGAGAGCUAAAUUGGCUUUGUUUUGCACUUUUGCUUACUACCCGUCUCUAGUACCACUUCAGCAUUUCAGUUGAUUGGCAACUUAGGGAGCUGUUAAAAUAUGGCACCUGCUUUUUAGUGACUUUUUGCCUAGUAAUUUUCGUUUUUGAACAUUGUAAACCAAAAGUUCUGACAAUAGUCGUGCAGUUCCAGUUAUAUUCAUAUGGAAAUAUCACCUGCUUGGCUUUGGCAAA